ACGGUUCUCUGCAAGCUGCAGACUGGUCUGAGCAAAUAUAGUCGGGACGCCACCAUGGAGCCGGUACCUCUGCAGGACUUUGUGAGCAGCCUGGACCCCGCCUCCCUUCCGCGCGUGCUGCGUGUCUGCUCCGGAGUCUACUUUGAGGGUUCCGUCUACGAGCUCUUUGGGAAUGAGUGUUGCCUGUCCACGGGGGACCUAAUCAAGGUCACUCAUGUCCACCUCCAGAAGGUUGUGUGUGAGUAUCCAGAGACGGGUCAGACGUUGGAGCUCAACCCCAAUUUCACAGGCCUCUUCAGUCCACUCACCAGCCUGCAGAGCUACAGAACCCUAGAGGAUCUUGUCUCUGCCACGCCCCAGAACUCCACCCAGUGGCCCAUUUACUUCAAGUCAACUCAGAGAAUUGUCAUCGAGGCCAGGGUGGUGCCUGAGGAUCAGCCCCUCAGACUUGAGGCUGUGGAAACACGCCAUGGGACCCGCUAUGCGCGCUGCGUCCAGGUCUCAAAGACCAAGGAGAUCCUCCUUCAUCUACCCCUUUUCCAGAGGGGACCCUUCUGGAGAUGCAAGCCCAGUGCUCCACAAACCCUGCUCCAAAUCCUGCAGGACCCAGUCCUGAAGGACUUCAUGCUCAGCUGCCCCAGCCUCCCCUGGGACUCCGUGAUCCUAAAACCCCAGUAUAUGCUGCAAGCCAUCAUGCACAUGCGCAGCAGCAUCGUCAAGAUCCCGUCUACGCUGGAGGUGGAGGUAGAAGACGUCACUGCCUCCUCCCAACACAUCCACUUCUUCAAACCAUUGCGGCUGAGCGAGGUGUUGGCCGGGGGAGGUCCCUUCCCUCUGUCGCUGGAGAUCCUGGAGGUUCCUGAGGGUCCGCCCAUCUUCCUCAGCCCGUGGGUGAGCUUCCUACGCAAAGGCCAGAGGCUCUGCAUCUAUGGUCCAGCCUCACCACCCUGGCGGGUUGUGGCCUCAAGCAAGAGCCGAAGGGUGCCCAGAUACUUCCUGCUGUCUGGGGCCUACCAGGGCAAGCUCAAGCGGAGGCCAAGGGAGUUCCCCACGGCCUACGACCUUUUGGGUGCUCUCCAGCCAGGCCGGCCCCUCCGGGUGGUAGCCACAAAAGACUGUGAUGGGAACGAGGAAGAGAAUCCUGACUUUUCUUUCUUGACGGUGGGUGAUCGGCUGGAGGUGCAGAGGGCAGGCCAGGUCUGUGGGACCAAAGGCCAGGACAUAGAUGUUCUGAUCUGUCAGCGGCUGAGUGAGCAGUCUGGAGAGGAAGACGAGGACUUGGAGGAGGACGAGGAGGAGGUAGAGGACAAAGAACAGGUUCUGCUACCCCUCUACCUCUCUGGGAGCUUCGUGGAGGAGGUGAAUGACAGCCGACGCUAUUGCCUAGCGGAUCUCACGGCCCAGUACUCCCUGCCCUGUGACGUCAAGGUGGUGGCCAAGGAUAACCGGCAUCCCACUGACCCUCUGGCUUCCUUCCCUGGCCUGCGGCUGGAGGAGAAGCUCACAGAGCCCUUUUUGGUGGUAAGCCUGGACUCCCAGCCAGAAAUGUGCUUUGAGAUCCCUCCCCGGUGGCUGGACCUGACUGUGGUGGAGGCCGAGGGACAGCCAGCCCAGGUGGCUCGGCCGCUGUCCGUCGCUCCCGUGGAGGAACUGUCAGAAGCUUUUUACUACAGCCUCCGGAAACUGCCAGCCUCUGAGAGCCAAGCCCCGCCGCCCAGGCCCCCGAAGAGCCAGGGUAUCAAUAAGAAGCAGCAGAACAUACAGAGUUGUAAGGAGAGCAGUGUAAAGCCUCCAGUUGUAGAACCGCGGAAAUCCUGCCCGCAGCCUCAACUCAAGGCCAAGGCGAACACCUUGGAAGCCCUUCCCAAGAACAAAUCAAAUGUCUACAGCAAGGUUUCUGUCCACAAGAAAGACCAGAAAUCCAACCCCCAAAUGCAGAGUCCAGUGCUGAGUAUGAAACCCAAAUCUUUGAGCUCCCUCGGCAAGCAUUCCACCAUGGAGUCCUAUGUGGCUGACCCAGAGAUGGAUAAACACGACUAUGAAGAAAUUUGAGCACGUUCAGAAAAAGUCAUCUAGGUGCUGGGGAAGCCACACUUCCAGUUGCCACCCCACGGGAUUGGGAUACUAGCUAACUCUUGGAGGACCUAGGGCAGAGUCUCAAGGGACUUAAGACUCCAACGGGCAUGGGACCGAUGCUAUUCCUGCCUCUCUGGGUUCCAGGUCGGCUUGGUCCCAGAAAGUUGCAUGUGACACCCUCAACCUUAAGAGCAUUGGUGUCCAGAGAAGCCAUUCAGGUUCUGGGUCCUCCUAUGCUCAUCAGUUGUCCCACUACUAGGCACAGAGAAGAAACAAAGGCCACCAGCUUCAGCAUUGCCCUGCCUCUCAGUAAAGAGAACUCAGUUCUGAUUGCAAAACCCAAUGCAGGCCACCUCCUUUGUUCGCUCUGCAGAGUUGCAGGCCCUGCGCCUAGUGGCAGACAGUAUUCUCUUGUUGGUAGAACUCGGGUCAUGAUCAAUAAUGCCCAGUAAAUGGGCUUGUGUGACUGAAUGUGGGAAUCUGCCUCCAAGAAUAAAAUCCUAGGUAAGACACUAGUUCUCCAACUCUGUUAGUGAAAGUAAGAGAGCUAAUUUACAAAGGUGGAGGGACUGGAGAGAUGGCUCAGUGGUUAAAAGCACUUUGCUGCUCUUACAGAGAAUACAAGUUCAGUCCCUGCACCUACAUCAGGUGGUUCACGACUACCUCUCACUCCAGCUGCAGGGGAUCCAACACCUGCUUCUGGACCCUGAGCACUCCAUUCAUGUGUACAGCCUUGCCCCUGCCACCCCCCACAAUUAGACACAAUUUAAACAUUUACAGCUGGGUUCGGUGGUGUACACCUUUAACCUCUGGAGGCAGAAGCAGGUAGAUAUCUGUGAAUUCCAAGUCAGCCUGAUCUACAUAUUUAUUUAUUAAACAAGAUCAAGAAACUCUGGAGACCCAAAGUUGUGGAAAUCUGGCAGGCCUUGGGUGGUACUCUGACACUGUUAAAGAAAGCUGUUAGGUGACUGACUACCCAAGAUCAUCUUAUCUAAAGCCUCAAAAUAAAAAACGACACAGCGUCUGUAUGAG